AUGAAAAAGAUUAUUUUUGGGUUACUUGGGAUUUCAACCGCUCAAUUGCAGUAUUCAGCCUGGGGAGAAUGGACUGAAUGGGGACCUUGCUCGAUUUCUUCAGACUACGGGAGUCGGAUUCGCCAUCGUUCCUGUAACUCAGGCGCGUAUUCAAGCUGCGCUGGGGAAGAUUACCAAGUUGAAGAGUGUACAGAGAAGCCUGUUAAUUGUAUAGUUCCAUCUUUGCCUUUGAACUCUUCGUUUGUAAAUUGUACAUCCACUGCUCCGGGCAGUACAUGUGAGAUUGCUUGUCACUCGGGCUUUCUUCCAUCGGGGGAGACGCGGCUCACAUGUACUGAUUAUGGCUGGAGCGCGGAAUUUGGAAGUUGCGUGCCUAUUCCAUCCGCGAGAUGCCCUGCUCUAGAAACGCCCGAAAACGGGAAAAUCAUUUGCUCUGAUUCCUCUUUGUCUUCGAGCGAGUGUUUGCUCUACUGCGAUCCAGGAUUUCAACCCAGCGGCGAGAGCUCGACAAUUUGCGACGAAAACGGCCAGUGGAAUGCCGAACUAGGAAAAUGUCUCAAAGCAAAGUGUACUUUCGAGCAGAAGGAAUACUAUGCAGGGGUAAGUAUUUUAACUGAUAAUUGUAGACAAGAAUGCACUUGCACCGAUGAUGGCCUGUGGAGAUGCAAACAUCACUAUUGCAAGAGUCACAAUGAGCAGUGCAUCUUAGACAUAGAAAGUACAAAUUACAAGUGCCAGGAACGCGUCGAUUGCUACGGUCCCAGAAGCUGGAGUAGCUGGAUAAACAGUAAUACUCCAACGAAUGGAAAUGAACGCGAGAGUGCCCAAAAGGCUCGAAACUUUCACCCAGAAGCGGCUGUCUGCAAACAACCGGAUGCCAUAGAGGCGAGAAGGGUGAGAGAUCAAAAAUCUGUAGAAUCUCUUCUUCAAGAUGGGUGGCGCAUUUUCGUGGGCGACGACAAAGUUGUUUGUAGAAAACGAGAUCAGAUUUCUGAAAAAGAAGACUGCGAAGACAUGGAGAUCAGAUUCUGCUGCGAAGAAAAGAAUGCUACUCCAGAAUGUCCAGAUCAUAUAGGCACCUGGACAAAGUGGGCAAAUGCUGAUAGAAACCCGAAUGAUGGUGGGGACUUCGAGCUUCUCUCUCGACAUCGUGCUCUGGAUCCGGAAGGGGUUUGCGAAGUUCCUCACUCGAUUGAUUUUCGCCAAGUCAACGAAACACUUGACUGGGAAGUUAAAUACAACCAGAAGAUCACUACCGACCCGCAAAUGGGACUCGUCUGUUAUGACCAAGCAAAUUCCAACUCUGGCGGAUGCGGAGAUUACGAAGUUCGAUUCUGCUGUUCCGCCCCAUUGGACUUGAGCUGUCUGCGGCAACGGCCGCCGUGGAAUGGGAAUCGUCCCGAUCCUACGUGGUUGCCGCCUGACAGGUGCUGCGGCAAUCGUCCCUACAAUUCCAAUCUAAAGACUUGCUGCGAGGGAGAGCGCCUCGUCCAGCUAGAAGAAGACUGUACAGAAAAUUCCUACUGA